AUGCUUUCUUCCCGAUCCUCCAUCCUUCCAGAUUUACUUUACUUUACUUUACUGGCUGCUUGGUGUCUGCCCCCCUCCCCACGACUCAAAUCGAUCCCCUUCCCCGAAUCGCCAAAUCCGCUCGCCGCCGCCGCCGUAAAAACCCUCUCCCCUCCGCUGCCGCCGCAGAGAGAUGGUGCUGUGGGAGAUCACCGCCAUCACCGCCUACUUCCUCGGCCUCCGCCGCACCUACCGCCUCGCGCUCCGCGGCCAGCGCCGCCUCAUCGGGCCCAACCACCCCAGGCUCCGCGACUUCGUCUACAGGCGGACACGUUCUAUAUUCGACGUCGCAGUCUCAGUGCACAAGAACAUUCAGGAGAGGGACUUGGAAGUUGGUCGGAACGUCGGAAACGCGGUCCUUCGCUGGCUCGACCGCAUGAAGCCAUCAGCACAGAUCCGCCCCCACCCUCCAGGCCUGCCAGGCGCCCCCCCAGAGCAACUCAGGCACCUUUCAACCAUGAACAAGGCCGCAGGAGCUCAGAAGCCUGCCUCCAAGACCUCAACGCACGACUCGAGCGGGAAGAUGCUGUUCUCGCCCCUGAACAUCCGGCCCAAGUCCUUCCCUAUCCUCCCCACGAUGAUGCAGUCCACGAGGAUCAGCGCGAGCAACCAGUGCAGGCGCCUCUCCAGCUCGCCGUUCCCGCCCGUCGCCGCCAGGAGGAAGGACAUGAUGGAGGGCGUCUUCCGGAAGGACAUCGCCCAGCUAAUGGUGUAAGGGAUGUCUGUAGGUAGAUGUACUGCUUUCUGUGACUCUGGAUAUUGUUUACUUGACUGGAAUUUGGCCUGGAUCAGAACUUAUCACUAGUCCUGUAAUAAUGGUCGAGUGCUGAACAUAAUCGCUGUUGCUCCGCCUGUUUUUUGGCCAAUAUACAUUUUCUAACAAAUCAUCAUACGAUGAGACUUGGAUA